CUUUUAUAUUUCUCUCGAUGAAGAGGACAUCAGUACACCGGAGAUAGAGAAUCUUAUGGUUGCCGAAUUUUCUGCUUUGGAGCUACAUCUCAAAACAAAUGGACAUGUGUUUGGAGCCUUCGCGUUUCAUCUCCUAGGGAUGAAUCGGAUUUGUAGUGCUAUUCAGAGGCUUAAGGUUGUCCUACAGAGAUCAGAGGUGGAAGAAAGAUGCUCACCACAUUGUCCAUCUAUCGAGGUUAAUGUACUCAACCUGGUGACCAGUUAA